AAAAAAAAUCUGAAUAAAUUUGUGGUGGAUUUGGGCGCUCCGCUGCGUGUUUUUUUAAUUAAUUAAUGUUCGUUGUUCGUGGGAAAAAAAGAAAUAUACAAAUUGUUGAGUGCAUCGUAGUGCCUGCAGAAAGCAAUGUGUGCACAUAUAAAAUAUAUUAUUGAAUUGUACUCCCUUGUAUACACACUGUUUUGGGCGCGUCUCUUUUUGUUCCCUCGUCCGAGUGUGUGUUUGUGGCCGUGCAAGCAGAGCCACACCGCGUCAGCUAAAAUAAAUAUACUGCUCAUAUGUUUAUGUUCUAAAAGAAACAAAGCAGUGUUGAAUCAAGCAAUAUGUUAAUCAAAUAUUGAAACAAGUGUCCAAAUUGGGAUUUUUUCGUUGUAUAUUCGCUCGUUGACGCUCGGACACACAAACCCAUACACCUACAAAUCACACACACACACACAUGCAGCAAUACCGAAACGAGAUUUUGCAAGUCGCGUCCGUGUAGCUGUGGCUGUAGUUGUAGCUGUAGCUGUGGUUGCUUGUGCAUCUACAAUAUUCAAUUGUUUACUGCUUGGCAUAGCUGGCUUCGAGGGCAGGAAAAAGCAACAAUAUCUGUGAGCAACAACAAAGGUGUCACAGUGGCCAGCCUUCACAUUUCCACCUGCCUCUGCAUCUGUGCCCGUUGCCGUGUCUGUGACUGUGUGUGAAGCAUAAUAGGAGGAAUUUGAGGUCUCCGUUUUUUUGUGAUUUCCAAUGUGAAAAGCUACAAGUGAAAGUGCCAAGCCCUGCUUAUCUCCGCUAAUUGAUAUUAGACUGGCACAAAGUGGAUUACACCCUUACCGAACAACACCCAUCUGCAUAAUCACCUCUGGACUAAACAAUAAUAAGCCUCUGCUUCAGUGACAACAAAUAACAAAAACAACAUACAGAAGUGCUAGUACGGCAGAUAUGAGGGCCACACGUUCCAUGUCAUUGACUGAAGCCUCCGCCAGGUCAGAAAGAUGAUGAGCAGCCCAUCAACAUCAACCAAAACACAGCAUUUUAUUCGGGAACACAUCCACGUGCAAUUGAAAACGAAAAAAUUUCGAUGAUUUCGCCACUAGAAGGAGCCACAAACUAAACCUCACUCCGGAAAUUCCGAAAGAAUCCAAGUGGGAGCCACUCUCACUUUCCUCCUCUCGCACCUCUCUAGCCAUCAAAAUGAACUCCGUCAUAUCUGCAUUUAAAGGAAAAAAGAACAGUGCGGCAAGCGGCAACACGCUGGUUGCAUCGAACGGCAUUGUCGGCGCACCUUCUGCCGAUACAAAACAAAACCAAAACAGUGGCCUGAUCGGUGUCGGCAUCAGCAUAGCCAGUGUCAGCGGAGGAGUGGCCCAGAAGAAAUCGGUGGCACAGAGCAGCGGCUACCAGUACCUGCGCCACAUCCGUGAGAUAGAGACUGCCAACAAGCUGCUAUCCCCAGUCGUGGUAGUGGCGGAAGACACGGCUGGCGCCGAUGUGGUGGAUCACUGCCUACCCACCACCGUGCGUCUGUCCAGUGCUGAGUCCUUUUCCGACUUCAAUAUGAAUGGAAAGAAUGUUGACGCUGUGGGGGCAGCUUCCGCCCCCAUAGAAAAUGCAAACAUGGAGUUCAACGACUCGUGGGUCGCCCCCCAACUUCCAGCAACAGGGACGGCGGAUGACGAAGACAUUUCGGAGUUCUCGGCUGCCGCCUGCAACAGCACCAGUAGCUCCAGCGAGCACAGCAACAGCACCGUGGUGCACAGUCCAACGGUGGCGGAGGGCACCUGCACUUCGGCAAGCCACCCCAGUCCCAGCCUGAGUCUGCACAGCUCCUCGUCCACAAACUGCGGGAUCACUAGCCCCCCGCGCAACCAGAGCCAUUCUUUCAUGGCUAUCAGCUGCGAGACGUAUUCGACGUCCACCACAACCCUCUCCUCGUUUGGGUCGGACCUGGGCCUCGGCCAUGACAACUUCCAGUCCCAGUCGAAUGUCUGCAGCGAGUAUGGAUCCUCACAAACGACGCCAUUAACCUCGCCCGUGGCAACACCGCGUCACGUCAUGGACGAUAGAGGGGCGGUGGCAGGGAAUGGAAAUUAUAUACCCGCCUUUUUAAUGGCUGCACCGGUCACAUUGCCCCUCAGCGGCGGCCCUAUGUCUACCACGGCCGUGUCGGCUGUCAACUCAGCGGCCAGUACACCCAAGCACACACGCUGCUCGAAGCCACGCCUCAGCCUGACCCGCGUGUUCAACCACUCGAUGCCCUCGGUUCAUGGACGACCCAAUCUCAGUGUGGCACUAGGCGACAGGCUCGAUAGCGGACUAGCGGCCACUGCCGGACACGGUGUAAAUGGUCCGCCAAAACGUAUCUCCACACACCAAAGAAACUUGAGUCUGGAUUUCAGAUCCAUGGGGAUAUUGCUGCCACCAGUCUCUCAGGUGACCAAUACACGCAUUAAUCACACCCAGCAUCAUCGCAAUCGCAGCCUCGACAGCGCCCUGCAACGCAUACCAGAGGUCGAAGUGUCAUCUCCCAAUGCCGAUACCGAGAACACAUUCUGCUCUCCAACGUCCAUACUAGGUACGAAUAUGUGCACAAGGAUUUCCACCACAGCGGCAAGUGUAACGGCUGCCCUUUCCCCUCCAACGACACCCUCGCCAUCCAUCACAUCCAUGGCGUCUUUAGCACCGACAACCCUAACACCGAAGGUGAGCGGGCAACAUCUAGUGCAACAGAGACAGAAGCACCAGCCAUCGAUUUUUUUGCAUGCUCCCUGCAGGCCCAGUGUCGUGGAGGCCUGUCCGACGUUGCGAGUGAGACCCAAGUCCAGCGACUCGGUGGCAGAGUCUGUUGGGCCGGAGAUGGUCGGCGCCAUAGGCAGUGGCACCAGCAAUGGAGAAAACAGCAGCAAUAAUAGUUGCAGCAGCGCUGGCAGCAGCAAGAAACGAGAGGAUCUCACCAGUCUAGGAUCAGACGACUCUGGCAUCAUAUGUGGCUCCGAGUCGGACCAACUAUCCUUGAAUCGCAUAUGCCACUCACAUGAAUCGCUGGAUUCUGGUGAAAUGGAUGCGGACGCAGAUGCAGAUGCCGAGGAGGCGUGCAUAGAUUUGAUCGAGACGACAUCCGUAGACGAGGAGUACAACAUAAUGAAAUCGGAUCAUCAGUGUUUUUAUCCUCGACACGAAGUCUCCAACGAAAUUGACUGUCGCACUCUGCGUCCAUCACGUAAGCAAAGGCGCCAGCAGCAGCUCGCUUUGGAGCAUGCCAAGCAGAUGUCGAAACAUCAAGAGCGUAGCGUAGAUGCUGGUGUUGACGACAGGACCCGAUAUCGCGUCAUGAACAUGUCUCGGGUGGCCAUCAAUAUAGAGCUGGGAACGCCGCCCAAUGAAAUCGAAUCAGUGGACGAACACAAGGAACCGGAUCAUGAUUUUGCGGACUCAUCGACAAUUACUUCAAAUACGCCUCUACCACCGCCCCUGCCCACGCCUACAUCGCCAGCAACGCCAACGACGACACCCACACCUACAGCCACCCCCACACCCAAUGAGAGCACCAAGAACGACCAGGUGCUUUUCAAGAACUUCUUCGGAGCCACCAAGAACGCCAUCUUCCGCACGGCCCAAAGCAUCAUAGAGAACCAUGAGAAGAAGAACGCGGCCAAGCAGAAGGUAGGCGAACAGCAGCCGGACCAUACUUCCCCGACGGCCCUGCUAAACUCGCCGAGUGGUGCCAGCACAUCCCCGCACGACCCUGUCAAGUCCCCGACGGACAUUUCCAAAAAGAAAGAGUUCUUCAGUUUGCUCACGUCCAACUCCAGUAAGAAGGCAGCAGCCGCUGCUGCGGCAGCUGCGGCAAACUCAGCAGCCAGUACGCCAGUCGCCACCCCCACAGAAUCGUCGACAGCAGCAGGAGACUCCAAAUUGCAUUUCUUGUCCGACUCAUCAACCGAUAUGAAGAUGAAGGAGCGUACGCUCAACCUGCGCCUACCUGGGGCGGACACUGAAGGCGCAAUUGAAGGUGCACUUGCCAAGAGCACCUCCACUAACUCGCUGCACAAUCUGAAGCUGCCCGUGCCUGGUGUGGUCAAGUACUUUAUAAGCGAGCGAGCUCCAACCUCGGAUGUGCUGCAGAAGCCCGAAAAAGGCCAGAGCGGACUGCUGCGUUUCUUCGAGUCGCCGGUCUUCAACAUACACUUUGCUGUGCACUAUCUCUUCUACUCGAAGGAGCCGGGAGUGCUCAGCUUCAUUGGCAACAAGAUCUUCAGCUUCCAGGACCAGGAGGUCGACCUAUACAUACCACAGUUGAUCGUCAUGUACGUACAAAUGGAUGAGUUGGCCGAGGUUCUGGACCCCUAUCUCACCAUUCGAUGUCGCAAGUCUGUGGACUUCUCCCUCAAAUGCUUAUGGCUGUUGGAGGCCUACAACUACCAAAUGGACUCGCUGGGUAACUCGCACAGUGGCACCCGAAAGUCCAAACUGGCGCUCAUGAAGGAAAUCUUCUCCAAAAAGGAACAGAAACAUGCACAGAGCGAGAUGAAGGCGGCCAACGAAAACACUUUCGUCGGUGCUGAGCCGAGAUCGAUUGUGGCCAACGCCAAGAAAACGCACUACCGCUCGCAGUCCGAUGCCACUGUACUGCUUACCGAUUCACGACCCCCACAUACCCUUAGUAUGUCCCACCGGAUAUAUCAGAAGCCGCCCUUCAACACCCAAACGCUACUUACUGCGCCUACCAAACUGUGUCUUGGUGACCUGACCUCGGGGCAUGCCUUCGACAACGGCUGCACCUGCUUUGAGACGGUGCGGGGCCAGGUGAACGGUUUGCUUGGCCAGAGAACGCUCUGCAGUUGCGGCGCUCCAAAGACUGCGCCGCAAAAGGAGUUCAUGAAGGCCCUGAUGAAUGUGGGAAAGAAUCUUACUUCGCUGCCCUCGAAGGCGGAGAAAACAUCGGCAUUGCGCAUGUUCCUUAAUUUAAUCAACAAAAACCUGCCCGCAAGAGUUUGGCUACCCCUCUACUCGGACAUUCCACACCACGUCGUUCGCAUUACGGAAGAGAAGACUGCUGUGCUCAAUUCCAAGGAUAAGACCCCGUACAUCAUCUACGUGGAGGUGGUCGAGAUGCCCGACAUCUACACCUCCCCCUUGAUACCAAAAAUGAUGCCGUCACUGCGGCACACCAAGAGCGAGGAGCACUUGGACGGAUCCUGCCUGAACUCGCACCAGCACCUGAGUUGCAGCCGCACCUCCAGCUGCAGCAGCAGUCACCAGAGCUCAAGCUGCCGGCGAAAAAAGGCUGGCGAUGGAGAUGGCGGUUGCGGGGACGGUUGCUACCCACUCUCGCUAGGAGGCCUGCAGGUUCAUGAGGAUGAUGUGUGGUCUCAGGAGGACGACGAGAUCACGUCGCAGUACCUAAAUAUUCGAAAAAUAAGCGAGAGGGAUGCCGUAUCGCAGAUGUCACUGGACUCAUGCGACUCAACUUACCAAGGACCACCCAUUGUCUUCAACAUUGGGGAUGUGCGCUCGCGGCACUAUAACAAUUUAAGCUGCGAGAACACAAAAUCGUUUAGCAACGAUCCAGAAGAUCCUUCGGCAGCGGCCCUAAAGGAACCCUGGGAUGAGAAAGAGAAGCUUAUUCGCGAGUCUUCGCCCUAUGGGCACCUGUCAAACUGGCGACUGCUUUCAGCCAUUGUUAAGUGUGGCGACGACUUGCGACAGGAACUCAUGGCUACACAGCUGUUGCAGAUGUUCAAAAUAAUUUGGCAAGAGGAACAAGUAGACCUGUGGGUGCGUCCGUAUAAGAUAGUCUGUCUGUCAAAUGACAGUGGUCUUAUUGAACCCAUCCUUAACACCGUGUCCCUGCAUCAAAUCAAAAAGAACUCUAACAAGUCGUUGAGGGAUUACUUUAUCGAUGAGUAUGGCACACCCACGGGCGAAAGUUUUCGCCGUGCGCAAAAGAAUUUUGUUCAGAGCUGUGCUGCUUACUGUCUGAUAUCCUACUUGUUGCAAGUCAAGGACAGGCAUAAUGGCAACAUACUCUUCCAUUCGGAUGGACACAUUAUACACAUAGACUUUGGAUUUAUUCUGAGUAUAUCUCCAAAGAACUUGGGCUUCGAACAAUCCCCAUUUAAGCUUACGCCUGAAUUCGUUGAAGUCAUGGGAGGAACCAGCUCGGAACAUUGGCGCGAAUUCAAUCGCCUAUUGCUCGUGGGCAUGAUGUCUGCCAGAAAGCACAUGGAUCGCAUCAUAAACUUUGUAGAAAUCAUGCGAAGCAAUGCCCAUUUGCCGUGCUUUAAAAAUGGAUGCUCCGGCACCGUACAGAAUCUCCGCAAACGCUUUCAUAUGAAUUUAACCGAGCAAGAAAUGGAACGCAAGGUUGAGCAGCUUGUGCAGGAUUCGUUGAAAAGUCUGUCAACUAAACUUUACGAUGGUUAUCAGUACUACACGAAUGGCAUAUUGUGAGAACGGUUUUUUAUGAAGAUCUAAACAGAUUUCAUUAGCAAUAUACUAUAAAUGCCGAUCUGAUACCCAAAACUAUGGACUGACUUUUUGUAAAAAGAAUAUUGUAUAUUAUAUAAUACAUUAUGUAAUACAUCAGUGACAAACAUAAACAAAACAAAAAAAAGAAUGAAAUUGUACCAAACCCAAAUCUGUUAUCGUAGCUUAAAUUGUUCGUUGUGGGCGUUUACAU